AUGAGUUGUCGUGGUCAACCUUUCAGGUCUUGGAAUGCUGCUGCUCUUGGUUUGUCUCAAAAAGCCGAGACUUUUCAGCAAGAAACUUCUGAUUCUGCUAAAGCUUAUGCGAGUAACUCUGGGAAAUGUAAAUCACGUAGAAAUACGUGGCAUGAAUCUAACCUGCACAAAUAUUAUAAUGAAUGUGAAGGCUCCCAAAUUGAUAAGGAAUCAUCUCGAGAGUAUUCUAGGUCUUCUGAUAGGCCUGAUUGGAGAUUUAACCAACCUUCUUGGAGGCCUACUUCUUCACGUUCUUCACAUGAUCGUCCUAAGCCAAUUAGAUCUGCUUCUAAUGAUGGUUAUAAUACGCGUAAUAAUUUUGACAACUCAGGCGAGAAGGCUUGGCGACCGUGGAAUUUAAAUGAAAUUAAAGAUGAUGAACAUGGCUACGCGCCACAUUCCGAGGAUGAAAAGAAUUAUGAGACCUCUUCACAGUACUUAACUAAACAUGAAGAAAAUACUGAUUACUCUUCAUCUUGGAGAUCCUCAUCUCAAGACAAUCUCAUGAAUGUUGAUGAUGAUGCAUUCAUAUAUUCCAGUGAAAAAACUGACGAGAAAUAUGUUAAUGCUACUACUAAUCAGAAUAAUUCUGACUUGCCGAGAGUGAUUACCGUAAAAAUUUCACAAUUAUCAUUGACUGAUAGUGAUCAUUCCGAUGAUACUAUUACUCCGAAAACUCCUGAACAGGUACCAACCAAUCCGACUGAUGAUUCAUCUUUACUCAUCAAUUUGGAUGACCCUCAAACUGCUCCGGAACAAGUGUCAUAUAAAAUCUCUGAAGAUAUUUUUUGUCUUGAUUGGGAACAAUACCAAUUUUCUAUUUUGGAGAAUGAGUUACGAGCUUCAAAACAAAAUCCUCCACUG